CGCCGCUUCAUUGGGUCGCCUGCGUCUCUCUGCCUCUGCUGGUGGUGAAGAGAGAGAGAAAAAAAAGAGGCUCGGCCGUUCCUUCGGGGCCAUGGCGCUGAACAGGAACCAUUCGGAGGAGGGCGGCGUCAUCGUCAACAACAGCGAAAGCAUUUUGAUGACAUAUGAGCACGUCGAACUAACAUUCCAUGAUAUGGAACACAUGCCGGAUGCCUUCAAGGGUACCAAGAAAGGCAGUGUCUUCAUGACCCCCUAUCGAGUUAUCUUUGUGUCCAAAGGAAAGGAUCCACUGCAGUCUUUCAUGAUGCCGUUUUAUUUGAUGAAAGAAUGUGAGAUCAAACAGCCAGUUUUUGGUGCAAAUUACAUCAAGGGUUCCGUGAAAGCAGAGGCAGGAGGUGGCUGGGAAGGAUCCACAACAUUCAAAAUGACAUUCACAGCUGGAGGUGCCAUUGAGUUUGGACAGCGCAUGUUGCAAGUAGCGUCUCAAGCUUCAAGAGGGGAGGUCCCCAAUGGAGCCUAUGGAUAUUCCUAUAUGCCGAAUGGGGGCUAUGCAUUUCCCCCACCUGCUGCCAAUGGAAUGUACUCUUCUCCUCCUUCAGGAUAUCCUUAUCCACCACCACCUCCUCAAAUGUACCCUGGCCCCCCAACAGAUGGAGACAUGGGAUACAUGCAUCUUCCCCCACCUCCCUAUCCUGGGCCUAUGGAGCCACCUGCUGCUGGUCCAGAUCUUCCCUCCACUCCAGCAGCUGAAGCCAAAGCUGCAGAAGCUGCUGCAAGUGCUUAUUACAACCCAGGCAAUCCUCACAAUGUCUACAUGCCAAUGGACCAGCCUCCUCCUCCUCCUUACUUUCCUCCAGAGGACAAGAAAACCCAGUAGGCAGUCACUACACAUUGCUUUCUUCUUGUUUCCAUUUGGAUAGAUGUUGAUUAGGGACAUGACAAUGGUAAGGACCGUUUAAUUCCCCUCCAGUGCACGUAACAUCCACGAGCAGGAGUGGUAGAUAUGUGUGUUAUUAGGAAAGCUGCUAACAUUUCCCUGGAUUUUUCACAUAACACACACUUACAUCUAGGAAUAUAUUUUUCUCCUCCAUAUGAUUUUUUCACCAUGUCAAUGAUACGAUGAAGGAAAAGUUUUGUUUUUGCUGUCCCAUUCCAUCUGGCAACACUCCUGGAGAACAUCCGUUCCUGAACAGACUCCUUAAACUGAAAUUUACCAACAGCUGUUGAAAUUUGUAGAUAUGGACACCUCCAGCUCUCAUGCAGUGAAGCUUCAAAAGAAAAAUCAGCAUUGUGAACCUGUCAGUCAGCUCUUCCUCGCAUGAUCCCUGCCAUCUUGUGACAAAGGAAAUACACUGAUCUUCUGAGGAAUCUAAUGCACUUUGGUUUUAGAGCACUGGAAGUCUCUGCCAUUUCUUCUGCAAUAUGCAUGUAUGACGGCAUGGAUGCAUCAUUAAUUAAAUUUGGAACAUUCCUCUAGGUUCAUGUAGCUGUCUUGAUUAUUCUCUUUCAUGCAACAAUAAAAUGAUGACUGCUUAGUUCUGGCCUUAAAGCAUCUUACCGUUGUAAUGCAGUUGCUCCUUGGCUAGUCUAAGCAUCAUCCUAGCAGCUGGAAGGCAUUCUAAGGAAAAAAGAUGGCUUACGUUUUGAUUUAUUUAUUUCUUUACUUUGUGUUUAUUAUUUAGAUUUUAUUGCUGCUGUUUUGGGCACCUCACCACCUGAAUCAAAGCACAUCCCCUUUAGCUGCAUGGUAUUUUAAAAGUCGUCACUUUCUCUUGGAGAAAUGUCAUUAUUACCUUCAAAUUGUUGAUUAUGUAGAUAAGGUCUUAAUUGACAAAUAUAGUAUAUAAAACAUAAAGCCUGUUGGGAUUUUCUGCAUCUUCUGUUCCCUCUAGCUGAAUUGCUAAUAUUGGUUAACUACCAUACACAACAAAACCACCGGGAGGUAUAGCUCUUACUUUUCCUGAACUAAAAUGUAGGGAGGAAAGACUACGUAUUAGAAAUUAAAUCUGAAUGUGCUUGUAGCUGUUGAGCACAUGGGGCUAACAGAUUGCCUAGAUAACUGAAAAUCUGAUUUGCUUCUGAUUUAUACAGAAAAAAAAAGACAAUUUUAUUUGUACAAAAAUUUUCACAAUUCCCUAUAAUUCCUCUAAUUUGUGCUUGAAAUUCAGGUUCUCUGAAAAAACAAUUUACUGAAUCUGUGCUGAAAGCUGGAACCUUUUUCCACAACUGCCUUUAUCCAUCAUAUUAGGUGGUAUUUGAAACAAUAGUGGUUUAUUUAGCUCUGUGUGUAUUGCAGUUCUGUUCAGCUUUGCAGGGGAGAUGAGGUUUCUGUUAUUCCUUCAGAAAUGUCCCAAGGAAAUAUGUAGAUAGUGACUGUGACAGAGAACACAGUAAAGUAGGAUAUUUACUUCUAUCCCUCUACAAUGUUUUGGGAGUUUUGUUUGCUUCCCUGAUAGAGUGGUGUGUUUCAUUUUAAAUAAAAUGACAGACCUUGUGAGAUUCUGGCAGAUGGGGUUGCUUGUUUGUUUGUUUUCAAUUACACCCUUGUUUGCAUUGAUUUCAGUAGCUAUCACUUUGUUAUUUUGCUGCAGGAUCAAGUGACAGCCAAGUGGAUGAGGACCUUGAGUUAGUACAGGAUGCAAAUUCAUUUUAUUUUGUGUGUAUGUGUGUCCACAGCCCUUCCCAGCAGGUGUUUUGAAAAUUGCCCUGUACUGAUAACAUUAAGAGUAUAUGGGCUCCCUGAUAGGCGAGGCCUCCAUUUAAUUUUGCAGACGCUUUCUAGCCAACUGCUUUUGGUGCCCACCUUCUUUCCACUUUGUGCUUUGACCUUUUUUCCCUAGAGUUCCUAUUUAAACUGCAGUGAUUUAAACAAACUGUUAUUUAAAAAAAAGGUCUGUAUUUUGGAGAAGUUCUGUUAAUAUAUUACAGAUGUGAAAUGGCUCCUUUGAAUGCAAGCCUGUCUUUUGAUUUGCUGAGACUGUGAAGUAAAGAUAACAUAUAUUGAA